UGAAAUUGCCAAGAAUCUAUAGAGAGAGGUAUGUAUCUUUUUUAUUCUUAAAAAUACUUUUACAACACAACAACGAAGAUCCCACAUCAGCAAAUACCUCCAUCCUUCUUCAAAUCUUAGAUUUUUUAGUAAAUGCCUCCUUCCUUCUUCAAAUCUUCGAUUUUUUGAACUGAAAAACAAACUGAUAAGGAUUUCUCCCUGCCCGAUUGAAUGAUGUAUCGAAGAACCAAAUCAAUUAAUCACAAUCUCUUACGCCAUUAUCUUUACGCUAAAAACAAUGCACAAACCUCAUUCCACACUCAAACCCAAACCCAAACCCCAACUUCAAAUCUCCGAAACCGCAAACACAUUCCUUUCAUAACCGAAAUCAAACAAAUUCAAACCUCAGAAGAAGCUUUAUCUCUCUUCCACCACUACACCCAACUCGGUCACAAACACUAUUACCCUUCCUACGCCGCAUUGCUCUACAAACUCGCUCGUUCUAGAAACUUCCAAGCCGUUGAAACCAUACUCCAACACAUGAAAGACACCGAUAUUCAAUGCAAUGAGACCCUUUUCAUUGCUCUGUUUCAACACUACGGUCCAGUGAAAGCCAUUGAGCUCUUUCGUUCCAUGAAGGAGUUCAAUUGUGUGAGGACAUUGCAGUCGUUGAAUGCGCUUCUUAAUGUUUUAGUUGAUGGUUGUAUGUUUGAUGAGGCUAAUGAUGCUUUUGAUCGAUCCUAUGAAAUGGGGUUUCGUCCGAAUACGGUUACGUUUAAUAUUAUGAUAAAGGGUUGGUUGAGGAAAGGCGAAUGGGAGAAAGCAUGUGAGGUGUUUGAUGAAAUGCUUGAGAGGAAAGUGCAGCCGAGUGUUGUUACUUAUAAUAGUUUUGUUGGGUUUUUGUCUAGGAAGGGGGAUUUGGAUAAAGCUAUGAUUUUGGUUGAGGAUAUGAGGCGGAAAGGGAAGCGUGCGAAUGGAGUGACGUACGCACUUUUGAUGGAAGGUUUGUGUUGUGUGGGGAAGUACGAGGAGGCUAAGAAGCUUAUGUUUGAUAUGGCGUAUCGUGGAUGUAAGCCUCAGGUUGUGAAUUUUUCUGUUUUGAUGAAUGAUCUUGGGAAGAGAGGGAAGAUUGAUGAGGCGAUGGUUUUGCUUCGGGAGAUGAGAAAGAGGCGGCUUAAGCCGGAUGUUGUGACUUAUAAUGUAUUUGUAAAUUAUCUUUGCAAGGAAGGGAAGACGGAGGAAGCUUAUAAAGUGUUAAUCGAGAUGCAGAUUGGCGGUUGUCUUCCAAAUGCAGCUACAUAUAGGAUGAUGCUUGAUGGUUUGUGUCGGAAUGGAGAUUUUGAGGUGGGGCUGAAUGUUUUGAAUGCGAUGUUGGCGAGUAGACAUUGCCCGCAAUCUGAAACGUUCAAUUGUUUGGUUGUUGGGCUGUUGAAGUCUGGGAAUAUUGAUGGUGGAUGCUUUGUUUUGGAAGAGAUGGAGAAGAGGAAGGUAGAUUUUGAUUUGGAUAGCUGGGAAACUGUGAUUAAGCAUGCUUGCAGCGAGGAUAAUAACGGUAAAAGUACGCUUUUGAAUAUACUUUCAUCUCUGUCCAUCUAAUGCAAUCAAAAUUAGAAUUGUAAUAUACCAGAUAAGAAAUGAACAAUAUUGUUGUAAACUUGCUUUACCAAUUCAUAAUUAUUUUGAAAUAAUGAAUUUUAAUAGUAUAUGUUUAUAUAAUUUUCAAUAAGCCAACUGA